AUGGUAACGACCAGACUCCAAGCUAAGACGAAGCCUAAACGCGUCAGAUUCGCCGAUGAAACUUCGGUGACAGGUGAAGAAGACGCGACGCAGCGAGAGGAACUCAACGGUGUGCCGACAGAGAGCUCGGUCCGUCUAGAAGCAGAUUUAUCAAGAGUAACGGCACCCAAUGGUACGACUCCCGCGUCACCUGACGCGGAGGACGUGGACCCCCUAACGGUCCAAAGAGAACGUCGAAGAAGGAUUGCGACUGCUCAGGACGAGGAGUUACGGUGGGCGAACUUGAAGAUAGUUCUCCGCGGGGAAGAAUCAACCCUAUACCGGGCAGCGAAAGACGCAUUGAAAAUGUCCGAUCACUUCGUCCUAAGUAAGGACGAUGUCCUCUACUACGUGGGAACAAGGCCUCUGAGGCGUGACCAACAGCAAGAAGACACGAUGCUGCGUCUAGUGGCACCCUCAACGAUGAUUCAGGAAGUACUGCAGAACUGUCACGACUCGUUAGAAGGAGGCCAUCAAGGGAUCGCUCGGACUUUCUACAGAGUGAAGUUGGAUUAUUACUGGGUCGGUCUAUACGCGGACGUGGCAAGGCACGUGCGGUCCUGUCCCGACUGUAGCUCAAGCAAAAGCCGACCGAGGAUCCGUGGAUACUCUCCGGGGAACAUACUAGCGGAACGACCGUUUCAGGUCGUUUCGAUGGAUUUUGUGAUACCCCUACCGUCUCGGCGGGGUAAUACAGCGCUCUUACUAUUCCAAUGCGCAUUCACGGGGUAUGUAAUGGGCAAAGCUAUGGCAGACACGACUGCUCUGAGAGUAGCCCAAGCCUUUGAGGAGUGUAUGUACCAAAGAUUCGGUGCGCCCCCCCUCAUCAGACAUGACAGAGACCCUCGAUUCAUGAGUGAGGUGUACCAGUCGUUCACCUAA